UCAGGAAGGGGCCGAACAAGUCAAAUCCCAUCAGAGCCCGGAGCAGGCAGAGACUUUCAGGGGGCUGGAAAGAGAGAGAAUAAAAGUGCAAGAAGACAGCAGAGCCUCAGACUGGCCGAGCCUUUGUGCUGGAGGUUUGGAGCAGUGUGCAGUGCAUUCACCAGAGCCUUGGACUGUACCCCCCAGGACCCUCCAUCCACUUUCCAAGAACUUCUGCUGACUUCUCCGCUCGUGCAGGCGCGGACCCUGAGCUGGAAGGACUUUGCUCCCGGGGAUUUGUCAACACAGGAUAAAGUCAGCGGCUCCCUGUGCUGUCAGUGAGAGGCAAGCUGGGCAGCCUGGACCUCAAGAGAAUAGUCUCCAGUUGCUCCACCAGCAUGCAGAACUACAAGUAUGACAAGGCCAUGGUACCAGAGAGCAGGAAUGGGGGCAGCACCACUCUCAACAACAAUAAUGGCCCUGGCAACUGCAAGAAGAUCCUCCUCAUCUUCCUGGAUGUAUUCUGCCUCAUAGUCGCCGCCCUCCCUUUCCUGAUAAUUGAAACUAACAGAAUCCAACCGUAUCAUCGGGGGUUCUACUGUAAGGAUGAGAGUAUCCGGUACCCCACCAAAUCAGGAGAGACAAUUAGUGACGCUGUGCUAUCUGCUGCUGGCAUUUUAAUUUCCAUCCUUGCUAUCAUUGUGGGCGAGUUCUUCCGGAUAUACUACUUGAAGGAGCGCUCAUAUUCUUUCAUCCAGAAUCCCUACGUCUCUGCCUUGUACAAGCAAGUCGGGUGCUUCGUAUUCGGCUGUGCGAUAAGUCAGUCUUUUACAGACAUUGCAAAGGUUUCCAUUGGACGUUUGCGCCCUCAUUUCAUAGAAGUUUGUGAUCCGGAUUUCACGCAAAUCAACUGUUCUCUUGGAUACAUCCAGGAUUAUAAGUGCAGAGGUCUGGAGAGUAAAGUCACUGAAGCCAGAAAGUCGUUCUUCUCCGGCCACGCCUCCUUCUCCAUGUAUACCAUGCUGUACUUGGUGUUUUACCUUCAGUCAAGAUUUACAUGGAGAGGAGCCCGGCUCCUGCGCCCCCUGCUGCAGUUCACCCUCCUUAUGAUGGCCUUCUACACAGGGCUGUCCCGAGUCUCGGACCACAAGCAUCAUCCCUCCGACGUGCUGGCUGGUUUCGUGCAGGGAGCUUUGGUGGCUUAUUGCAUAGUGUUUUUCGUAUCAGACCUCUUCAAGACGCCGAAGAAACCCACUGUCACCCCUCCUCCUGUGAAGAAAGACUCUCUGUCACCUGUGGACAUCAUUGACCGAAAUAUUGUAUAAAACCACCGAAAACUGAUUGCAGAAGAACUUCUGACAGUGAAUUCAUUGACCUGCUGCUUUCCAAUCUCAUCAGACAGUAGAAUGUAGAGAAAGACUCUUUGACCCAACCAAACGGAGACUUAAAAAAGAAAAAAAAAUACAAUAAACAAUGUCUGCUAUGAGGCCUUUCGAUCACAACCUGGCAUAAGGUGGGGGAAGUUCAGACUAUUGGGCGGCCAAGUGAUGACAAGAAGCCAAGAUGGAAUUCCAGAUGUACAAUUGGUCUUUAUCUGUUCAUGUUGUAAUGAACAACCUAUUGUUCAUAAAUUUAUGAACUCCAAACUUUAUUUGAACAAAAGGGAGUUGUCUUUGACUAUAGAUAUUCUUGGCUCAUAGAAAAAAACUGAUUAUUAACGAUAGCACUAUAUAGAUCUAUAGCACUCAUAUGUAGUAAGACCAUAAGGGACUCAUGGUUGGGGAUGGUGUCUCCAUUAUUGGCCAUUCCCGAUGGA